GGAAUUAGUGUCUUCAGGUGAAAUUGGCAGUUAAAGUUGCUAUCCUAUCAGCAUGUUUAGUCAAAACCCUUCACUGCAGUGAGGAAAAGGGUAACGAUGAAAGCAAGGGCCAAUGGAUGGAGAGAGAGAGAGAGAUGACAUCUUUCUCAUAAAACAGAAUAAAUUUUUUCACAUUUCGGGUGUGUUUUGCUUUGGGAUUUCAAUAUUAUAGUUUGUAUUCACAUUUCUUGUCAAAGAACAGAGUAAAAACUCGUGAAAGGCAAGGACUUUUCAGGUCACCUUCUUCAAUCAAAGAGGAGUCUUUUAGUUUUUUCGUGUUUGGUUUUCGUUUAAUUUGCCCACAUCCCAUUCUUUUACGAGUUUAUGGAUCCCAAGCAGCAGCAAGAACCUCAAAGCAUGGGAGAGAAUAAAGCAGGUGAAAUCAAGGAUUUCCAGAUAGUGAUCGCGGAUAAAGGAGAAGGGAAGAAGCAGCAGUUGGGCCCAAAGAGAAGUUCCAACAAAGACAGGCAUACCAAAGUCGAAGGAAGAGGUAGAAGGAUAAGGAUGCCUGCUUUAUGUGCAGCUAGAAUCUUUCAGUUGACAAGGGAAUUAGGUCACAAAUCUGAUGGGGAAACAAUUCAGUGGCUGUUACAACAAGCUGAACCAUCCAUAAUUGCCGCCACAGGGACCGGAACCAUUCCGGCAUCGGCUUUGGCUGCGGCUGGGGGCUCAGUUUAUCACAGCCCGGCCUCUCUAUCAUCGGGGUUGCACCAAAAGAUGGAAGAUUUUGGGGGGUCCAGUAUAGGGUCAGGGAGCAGUAGGACCAGUUGGACAAUGGCUGGUGGAAAUUUGGGGAGACCCCAUCAUGUGGCAACCGGGUUGUGGCCCUCAGUCAGUGGUUAUGGGUUUCAGUCAUCAUCUGGACCAUCUAUAACAAAUUUAGGCAGUGAAAGUUCCAAUUAUCCGCAAAAGCUUGGCUUUUCCGGUUUUGACUUUCCUAGUAACAUGUGUCAGAUGAGUUUCACCUCAAUCAUGGGUGGAGCGAAUCAGCCGCUCCCUGGUUUGGAACUUGGUCUGUCUCAGGAUGGUCAUAUUGGGGCUCUAAAUCCUCAUGCUUUGAGCCAGAUUUAUCAGGAGAUGGAGCAAGCUAGGGUGCAACAUCACCAGCAGCAACCCUCUGCUAAGGAUGAUUCCCAAGGAUCAGGCCAGUAAAGUUUUCAACUUUGGGAGCAAGAUGAAGAUUAAAAAGAAAAAAAGAGUCGGGUCCCUGAGACACGAUUGCUUGUUUUUUUUCCCUUGUAAUGUUUCAGUAUUGUAUAAUGGGGAAAAUCAAAAACAAAAGUGUGAGAAAAAUGGAUACUUUUUCCUCUAAUUCUAUGGGGACUGGAGAUUUUUUUUACUUCUUUCAAUACUGCAUCAUUCAAGUUUCCAUUGCAGAGGUGGAGCUUUGCACUGCUUAGUAGCUUGGAUUUGGGCUUAACUCCUUGUUUGAUUAAGGGUGUGUUGAUGUUGAUGUAAGCUAAAUCUAUUUGUUUUCUUCUUCU